GCUGGCAGACUGAACUCUAUGAAAGAAAGUGGAAUCAAAAACACAAGUGGGUUGAGGCUAUAAAACUAUAAGAAGACCAUAAGAAACUUCUGCUAAAAAUUACCUCAAGAUCCAAGGAAAAGUCUAUCUUUUUAGUGGACUUUGCAGUACAAUUUUGAAAUAUGUGUUGUGGAGGAUGUGCCAAGUGUCUUGGAGUUACUCUCAUUCCUUUAACUAUACUAUGCGUUCUUGCCAAUAUUCUGUUAUUUUUUCCUGGAGGAACAAUUGAAAUUAGCGACCAUAUUUCAGAUGAAGUUUGGUACCUUGGAGGAAUUUUGGGUUCUGGUGUACUGAUGGUGUUUCCUGCUUUGGUCUUUUUGGGUCUUAAGAAUAAUGAUUGUUGUGGAUGCUGUGGAAAUGAAAGCUGUGGAAAAAGAUUUGCGAUGUUUAGUUCUAUAAUAUUUGCAGCAGUUGGAAUUGUGGGAGCUGGAUACAGUUUUGUUGUGUCAGUUUUGGCUUUGAACAGAGGCCCGAAGUGUAACAUUGGCUCCAAUGAUAGCAACUGGACGUAUCCGUUUAAUAAUGG